ACCUGCUCGACUCUCAGGGCUUUCGAGACGUCUCGACUCAGGCAGCUUGAGAUUCUCUUCCAUGGAAAGCACAUUUUCGAGGUUUUUAAAUUAACCUUUGCUAUAAAUAUACGCGGUUCUAGUUCCGUUAAAAUAUCUACGCUUUGUUAUAUACCGGAGGCAGCCUGGCCACAGCUGCGGUUUUGGUGUUAGAGGGCAAAAACCGAGCUCCUUCAUUCGUGGUUUACUGUGGGCGCUAAGUAACGCAGUGCUGGGCAGUUAGCACGCUGGCUAAUGUGGAGCAGCGAGAGGAGAUGUUUUAGGGCAAGGCGGGCGUUUUAGUUCAUGCAAGUGAGUGUUUGCGGUUAUGCUCGAUGUCUCAUAUUAAUUUCCUUUUGAAAUUAUACUGGAUAUUUGGUCCUAGUUUUCUCUUUGGCAGCUACUGAGAGCUGGAUAGCGACGAAGCUAGCGUAAGCUAGUUAGCCUGGAUGCUGUGAGCUGAUGCCUGAAUAGCCUCACAGAUUAUUUAUUUUCUUGUCACCACGCAACCGUUUCUCGUCUGGACGGUGAAUUUAAGACAACUCUGGUUACUUCUGUGCUUUUUAUCGGUAAGGUAACCUGUAAUCGCAGCUCGACUCUAAGCAGAGAUCCUCUUGCUGAUAUAUAAGCCACAGCACACAUAGUUUAGUGAAAAGCGAGUGAGAGUGCUGUAUGAAGUUUAUGAGAUGGUCUGAGGAGAUUACACCGCAUGUAUGUGUAUAUGUAACAGUCGUCGGGGCUGUUGGAGCUGCUGGCUACUGAGAGCAUUUGAGUUUAGGCCACGUCGCUGUGUGGUGGUGCAGUUCAUCCACUGACAGGCGUUGGAUGAAUGCAAACGAGGAAAAAAAGAAACGACACUCGCCAACUGUGCGGAAGGAGAGGAAAUAACUGCUGCUGUCAAGACAUGUUGACGUUGACCAAACGGAUCAGGGGACACGUUUAGCGCGUUAAGGAAGAUGUGCGUUAUUUAAACGGCUGAUUUGAUUCAGCUACCAGACUGAAGAGUGGCAGUAAAAAGCUGACGAGGCGGCGUGUAUAAAGUAAAGCGAUCCGGGAGCAAAUCUCUGUUUUUUCCCUCCUCCACUCUUCGCCAUGGUCGGGUUCGGCGCGAACCGGCGCGGCGCGCGUCUGCCCUCCAUCGUCCCCAUCGCGCUGAUGGUGGUGAUCGUCGUGCUGGCUUAUAACUACUGGACGGUGUCGACCAAGCACGGACGGCUGUUAGACGAGCUGGCCGAGGCGCAGACACAAGUGAAGCGUACGGACGCGGCGCGGAGCCGCCUGGAGAAGCGCAACUCCGAGCUAAUGCUGCAGGUGGACACGCACAGGAAGCAGAUCGACCAGAAGGACGGAGAUUACAGCGUGCUGGAGGGCAAACUGCAGGCCAGGGACGCGCUGUUCAAGAAGUGCACCGAUGAAAAGAUGAAACUGCAGAGUGAUGUCACAGCCCAAAUGUCUGAAAUUCACAGGCUGAAAGAGCAAGUGAAAGAGUUGAGGCAGGAAAUUAUCAGGCAAGAGGACCAGCUGAGGGAGGUAAAGAAGAACAGCACAAAUCUGGAGAGGAAGCUGGAGUAUGAGAGCCUGCAGUGCGGACGACAGAUAGCACAGCUUAAAGAUGAGUAUGACGAAAGCAAGAAGACGAUGGAGAAGGAGGCUGCCAAACUCAGACAGAGCGUAUUGGACUCUCGUAAAGCUGGUGCAGUGGCUGGUCAAGCAGAGGGAGGUACAGAGGUAGAAGCUGGAGGAGAGCGCCACACAGAGGCCACACACCAGCAUGACAACCCAGACCUGAAAGAGGAAAUGGUCAAACCAGGGAGUGAUGCUGGCAUGCCUGGCAUUGAGGACAGUGAAGUGGGAAAGAACGAUGAUAUACGCUUUGCCGUGAAGAAGCCAGCAAUCACACAGAAGCACAUGGAGCCAGUGGAGGCAGCCGUUUUACUGAAGGAGGAUCGAGCUGGAGCUGGAGCAGGAGCAGGAGCAUUAGCUGGGGACAAUGUAGCUCACAAUCUUCCACUGGACCGCCCAGACCUUCCCCAGGAUGGAGGUGCAGGCCAAGGCAUGGGGAACAACGUGGCCCCUGUCCAGCAGCAGGUGCCCCAGCCAGUGGUGGACAAACCCAUACUGUUUGACGAGGAUAACAAGGCAGCCGUCCAAGCAGAUGAGUUUGGGGAACACCGUCGACAACUAAGGGGUCCUGAUAACCAGCGGGGCCAGGGAGCGCUGCCUCCUCCACCAAACCCUGCACAGGUCCUGCCUAACCCCAUUGAACCCCAUCUCAGCCGAGACCCUGCACCCGCUGUACCCAUUCGACACCGACAGAACCGCUUCUUUGAUGAGAACGAAUCCCCUGUAGAUCCGCAGCACGGCUCCAAGCUGGCGGACUACAACGGGGAUGACGGCAAUGUAGGCGAGUACGAGGCUGACAAGCAGGCCGAACUGGCCUACAACGAGGAGGAGGACGGCGACGGCGGUGAGGAAGACGCCCAAGAUGAUGAAGACCGAGAAGUUCCAGGAGAUCGUGCUGUGGACUAUGGAAAAAGGCGCCAAGCCAUCGGCAUCCUGUAGCCUGGCCAUCAGGACAAAUGAAAUUGUGCUUAAUAAUGCGUUCAAUAUUCACGCGGCCAAGAGAGGAAGAAAAGUUACUUGAACUAGAGUCUGAUGGGUGCGAUUGGAACCAUUCUUUCAAAACUACUUGAAGAUUUUUUCUUGACCUGAAUGACUUUUGAAAAAGUAAAGCCUGCAGGGUUUAAGUCUUGCUGGAUGGAUGAUGGUGUCGGUCAACUUUAAAGUAAGGAUUUGACGUGAUUCAAUCCAGUCUUGUUUGGUUCUUCCUCUAAACCAUUUAGGAAUAAACCGAACGAACUGAUAAGUGACUAUUCAUAAUGUGUAAAUGUGUAAACAUCUAAUAUGUACAUUGGAAAGUCCUUUUUUCUGCUAUAUGAAACAUGGGAUGUGUUGGGUUAUUUGUUUUCUUAAUGAAGUAGCCUGUGCUUGGACUAUAGAAUGGACUUUUGAAUGGAAGAUGGCCUUUGGUGUGACUUUUGCCAGACCAGGCACAUGAACAAGACUGAUUCCUGGACUGCUACCAUGUUGGUAGCACUAAAGAAGGUUCAGCCCAGAGCAAUGUCAUGAUGAAGAACGUUAAAAGAUUAUUUAAUUUUUCUCUUUUUGGGUGGGCUGCUGUUGAAUAGCAAUUACAAAGGGAAGGGGAUUUUUUUUUAAAUAACAAACAAUCCUUCUUUAUGAUUUCUACAGUACCCAGACAGUCCCACAGACUCAGUUUCACACAAGCCAUUUUUACACUGUAUUCCUGUUUCUGAAGGAUCUCUACAGAGUACAGAGCCCGGCCUUGUGAGGGCAUUGUUGCAUGCAAGUAGUUGGCGGUUUCUGUUACAUCAGCCUACAGAACUACAGUAUCACCGGGAUUAAAAAAUAGCAAUACACUAUACCGCAGCAGACCAGGGCGGAGUUCACAUAGUGAACUAUUUCCUGACCGCCCAACAGGCAUCGGUGUACAUACUUAUGGCGCCAGUACUACUGUCUGACUGCUGUAGAAAUAUUGAAGUGGCCUGUAGACGGCCAUGUAGAUGAACUUUUUCAUAAGUGAGCAACACUUGAUUGGAGAUUAGCAUACUGAAUGUACUUUAAUAACAAUGAUUGUUUCAAGUGUCCCAGGUGGAUCUGGAUCUUCUAAACUGUAAUGAAUUGUGUAAAUGCGCAGUUCUGUUCAAACUUAAAGGUUUGCCAAACAGAUAGUUCCAUAUAUCCAAAGAACGGAGCUGUAUUAGAGGAUAAAUUUCUUGCUAUCACUGUGACUCAGUAGUACUGUACAUAGUUGCAUCAGGAUGAAGUACAAUAUGGUCCAGAAAUUGCCCAGAUUCAUCUUCUCAAACUUCUCUACAAACGUAAUCUACAAUAAAUUGUUUCUGUAUACGA